AUGAAGUUCCUCACUGCUCUCUCCGCUAUUGGGGCGUUGGUAGCCACCGCUACGGCGGCUGCUGUUCCAAAUACGCCAGCAAAGCAGUCCAUGAUUGACGUUCAGCUUUCGGCUACCGGAAACACCAUGAUUAAAGCCACCAUCACCAACAAAGGAGACAAGGCUUUGAACUUGCUGCAAUUCAAUACCAUUCUCGACAAGAACCCAACCCGCAAGGUCAGGGUCUAUCAGAACGGCACCGAGGUCAAGUUCACCGGCAUGCUUCCCCGAUAUAAAAUGUCUAAUCUCUCCCCUGAAUAUUUCACCUCCCUUGGCCCAAAAGCCAGCGUUGAAAGCACCUUUGACAUUGCUCGUACCCAUGAUUUGACCCGCGGUGGAAAGAUCACCGUCAUGGCCUCCGGAACCAUUCGUACUGCCGAGGGACAUGGCGCAAAUGCAACCACCAUCACCGGAUAUGCCAGAUACGAAUCCAACAAGCUUGAAUUGGAUGUUGACGCAAAGAAGGCAUCCUCCGUUGGACAAGCCAUGGGAAAGGUCAAGAAAUCACGCGGAACUAUCGAUAAGCGCACCAACAUCGACACCUCCAGCUGCACCCAGGGCAAACUUGAUGCUCUAGAAGGCGCCCUUUACAAUUCUGCUGCCCUCGCUCAAGCUGCUGCCGAAGCUGCCCCUUCCAACCUCAACACUGUCGCAGAGUUCUUUAAGUCUACUAGCAGCAGCACUGUUAACACCAUCGUCUCCCGUCUCUAG